AAAUAUAUCAGAUCUUUAGUCAAUAUCAGACUGGUGUUAGUGCUGGUCGAUGUGUCGAGUUUGUGAUUGUACUUACCUCAACAUUAAUUUAUAAUAUUAUAUUAAAAUGGCACCACAAAUAAAAUACACCAAGUUGUUCAUCGACAAUGAGUGGGUUGACGCGCAGAGUGGAAAGACCUUUGAGGCAUACAACCCUCAUGAUGGAUCCGUCAUCGCCAAAGUGGCUGAAGGUGACAAGGCUGAUAUUGACUUAGCAGUCGCUGCCGCAAAACGGGCUUUCCAUCGGAAUUCUGAAUGGCGGCAAUUGGACGCCUCUCAACGUGGUGAAAUUAUUCGCAAGUUCGCAGACCUCAUCGAAAGAGACGGACAGUACAUUGCGGAAUUGGAAUCAUACAACAAUGGCACAGUUCUAAAUUUCGCUUCAAUGUUUGUCGGAAGCUUUGUGAAGACUGCUCGUUUUGUAGCGUCUUGCGCUGAUAAAUUACACGGCGACACCCUUGCUGCAGAUGGUGAGGUGUUCUCUUAUACCCUGAAACAGCCAGUGGGAGUUUGUGGACUUAUCCUUCCAUGGAAUGUACCAGUUGGCAUGUUCAUAAAUAAAGUUUGCACUGCCUUAGCCGCGGGAUGCACUGUGGUCGUCAAGCCAGCAGAACAGACUCCGUUAACCGCGUUGGUAUUGGCGGCACUGCUAAAAGAAGCCGGUGUACCCAAGGGAGUCGUCAAUGUCGUCAAUGGCUUCGGCCCAGGUGCCGGAACAGCUCUUACUCAUCACAGUGAUGUUGCCAAGAUUUCAUUCACCGGCUCAGUUGAGGUUGGCAAACUGAUACAACAGGCAGCUGGAGCUAACAAUCUAAAGCGUGUGACUCUGGAGCUGGGCGGCAAGAGUCCUCUCGUUAUCAUGAACGACGCUGAUCUAAACAUAGCGGUUCCUUACGCUGCAAAUGGAGUAUUCUUCCAUCAAGGACAAAUAUGCAUAGCAGCUUCCCGCUUGUUCGUUCAGUCUGGCAUCUAUGACAAGUUUGUUGAAGCAGCUGUGAAGCAUGCACAAACCAUCAAGGUCGGAAACCCCACAGACCCAACUUCGCAAAACGGUCCUCAGGUCGAUGAAACUAUGAUGACGAAGGUGCUUGGCUACAUUGAAAAGGGCAAAAAGGAAGGCGCAAAGCUGCUUUGCGGUGGUAACAGAAUCGGCACAACUGGCUACUACAUCCAGCCUACAGUCUUCGCUGACGUUACAGAUGAUAUGACUAUCGCAAAGGAAGAGAUUUUCGGCCCGCUACAAAGUAUUUUGAAGUUCGAUACCUUAGAGGAAGUCAUAGACCGAGCUAACAACACCAACUAUGGUUUGGCAGCUGGAAUCUUCACAACAAAUGUCAAUACCGCACUGCAGUUCUCUAAAUAUGCUGAGGCUGGUGUCGUCUGGGUCAAUAUGUACUUAGGUCUUUGUCCUCAAGCACCCUUCGGUGGUUUCAAAGAGUCUGGAAUUGGACGUGAAAAUGGCAUGGGUUCUCUCGAUGCUUACCUCGAAGUCAAGACUGUCACCAUUUCCCUGCCCAAGAAGGUUUAAACUGGAAUAAACGACUUGUUAAGUUUUGAAAACGGCUUUUUAUUUUGAAAGGACUGAUUAUGCAAAAAGGUCAUUAUUAAUUUAUCGUUUUGUAUAAUUAAAUGUUUAUUAUAACCUAAAA